AUGAAAUCGAUAGUCUUGCCGACAAUAUUGUUUUGUAUUGGAAUGGUUGUCGCAAUGCUUAUCGGCAUCAACAAAUGCAAACAAUGGGAAUUGGAUAAAGUGGUGGAAAUGAGAAGAACGAGACGUGUUGUGCAGAGAAUCACUGAAAGGUUAAGGGAGAAGAACUUCAACACAAUUCAGAAAGCGAGAGACGCAAGAAGGGCUCGAAAAUUGGCUGCAGCCGCGGCGAAGCGACAAGCACAAGAGACAAAUCUCAUCGAUAACAAUAACAAAACAGAAACUACGCCGCCAGCUCCUCCACUCUACUCUGAAGGUGGAGCGCAGAGUUGCGGUACUUCACCUCCACCAUCAUAUGAGGAUGCAAUAUUGGAUGAAUUUUAUGAGGAAUGUAUGCCCGAUCAAAUGCGAAGUACUAUUCGUCGAAGCUCAACCCAUUCCCGUACUUCUCAUCAUUCAGUUCGCUCACAAAGAGCCCGACAAAGAAGAAAAUCUACAACCGGACAUCGACAAAAAGAAUUUAUCGUC